UAUUGACGAAGAGCCAAUUGUUCUUCCCCCAAAGCGAUCUUGCAACACUGUUGAUCCCCAGAGUGAUGGAAUUCUGGCUCCAAUACCCAGUACCUCAAGAGAUGCAAACUCGAUGGGACCAGUGAAAGUUACGAAAAAUGCCUCAGAUAGGGUACAUCCUAGAGUUCAGUUCCAGGACCAUCUACUAAAGAUACGAGAAAAGAACGAAGACGAUCCUGUUAAAAUGUUUUUUGCUGACUACUUGGAUACAUCUCUAGCCCUUUUGUCUUAUGAUUAUAAAUCGGAGUUACACAACCUCAGGAGAUGCCAUCAAUUGGAUAUGACUAAUCAUACAAAAGAAUUGAAGCAAUCCAUGAAAACUCCCACGUUGCCUCUUGGAGAGAAAUUUGUUUUGGCACAAGAUAAAUUAGGGAUGAAAAUUCCAGUCGAUACGCUAGAGGAUUUUGAGAAAUGGGAAAACAUGUUGGAUUUGAAAGAUGCUGAGAAUGUGGAGGAAGUCACUAAACGUCGAGCUGCCUUGAUGGAGUUUAUGGCUAAUGAGACUUCGGAGUCAAAUGACUUUGUGGCAGACACCAAAAAAAUUCUCUUCCACUUCACCAAAAAGCCUGUACAACUCCUCUACAGUGGUGCUGGUCGUGCAACACGAGGAGUUGCGAAGAAGAAUUUCAGCAAAACGAUGAGUUACGAGUGCAUGAGAGACUUUCUCAAAGCCAAGUACAAGAAAUCAGAGGAAGAAAUGAAAAUAUUGACAACAACCAGUGACUGGUUAUCAGCUGCAUCUGAUCGAGAUGGAGGGGCUGCUGAGAGAAAAAGAGCUCGACACUCAGCUUAA